UCCCAGCCAAACUGAAAGCCGGACCCCAGGCCGCCUCCCGCCGCCUCCCCGCCGCCGCCCGGCCUCCCUGCGAGCGCUCCACCAUGGACAGUCCUGUUUUCACCUUAUAAAGAUGGCGGUGCGGGAUCGCUGCAACCUUUAGACUAAUGACUGUCCGAAAUAUCGCCUCCAUCUGUAAUAUGGGCACCAAUGCCUCUGCUCUGGAAAAAGACAUUGGUCCAGAGCAGUUCCCAAUCAAUGAACACUACUUCGGAUUGGUCAACGAGUUGCCCCUGGAUCAAGACCAAGUGCUGUUGAAGGGUAUUUGGGUAAAGGCAAGACAUUGUGUAACAGGAAAGAGUGAGAGGAGGAAGGCUGCCGUGCUGGAGGAUAGGGCGUUGUGCUGAUGAAAUACUGACUCCUCAUUUUAACACACGUUUUUUUCAGCCACUGUGUGCAGGCCUCUGCUUAAGCUCCAUGAAGAUAGUUAUCCAGGUUGUGGGGAUUCUGCCCUGGCUAAGGAAUGUACAAAUGCAGACUUUGGGGAAAAAAGAAUUCGGGAACACCUGCUACUGCAACUCCGUGCUGCAGGCCCUGUACUUCUGCCGGCCGUUCCGGGAGAACGUGCUGGCCUACAAGGCCCAGCAGAAAAAGAAGGAAAACCUGUUGACGUGCCUGGCAGACCUUUUCCACAGCAUUGCCACGCAGAAGAAGAAGGUCGGUGUGAUCCCACCAAAGAAGUUCAUCUCGAGGCUGAGGAAGGAGAACGAUCUCUUUGAUAACUACAUGCAGCAGGAUGCUCACGAGUUUUUAAAUUAUUUGCUAAACACUAUUGCGGACAUCCUGCAGGAAGAGAAGAAACAGGAGAAACAAAAUGGGAAAUUAAAAAAUGGCAACAUGAACGAACCUGCAGAGAAUAAUAAACCAGAACUCACCUGGGUCCAUGAGAUCUUUCAGGGAACGCUCACCAACGAAACUCGAUGCUUGAACUGUGAAACUGUUAGUAGCAAAGAUGAAGAUUUUCUUGAUCUUUCCGUUGAUGUGGAGCAGAAUACUUCUAUUACUCACUGUCUAAGAGACUUCAGCAACACAGAAACGCUGUGUAGUGAGCAGAAGUAUUACUGUGAAACCUGCUGCAGCAAACAGGAGGCCCAGAAAAGGAUGAGAGUCAAAAAGCUGCCCAUGAUUUUGGCCCUGCACCUAAAGCGGUUCAAGUACAUGGAGCAGCUGCACAGGUACACCAAGCUCUCCUACCGGGUGGUCUUCCCGCUGGAACUCCGGCUCUUCAACACCUCCAGCGACGCGGUGAACCUGGACCGCAUGUACGACCUGGUCGCUGUGGUGGUUCACUGUGGCAGCGGUCCUAAUCGUGGGCAUUAUAUUACUAUUGUGAAGAGUCACGGCUUCUGGCUUUUGUUCGAUGACGACAUUGUAGAGAAAAUAGAUGCCCAAGCUAUUGAAGAAUUCUAUGGCCUGACAUCAGAUAUAUCAAAAAACUCAGAAUCUGGCUAUAUUUUAUUCUAUCAGUCCAGAGAAUAACUGCAGGACUGCGAGACUAGCGCGCCUGGGGGAAGCGUUCGCAGCACGGUCACCUGGUCUCUCUGCGGACUUCCUCCCUCCCCGGCAGCCACCAGUGGUGUCACUCCAAGUCUCCGUGGUCUGGCUGUGUUAGACUCUCUCUCCCUUCGUUUUUUACACGCAGCACUACUCGUGGUUUCGUUUUAGUCCGAGGUAGAGUUAACCGCAAUCAGGUUGUAGUCAGAUUUAUACAAAUAACAGUCGCUAAUGUUAAGAUUGGGUCAAUGCUAUGCCACUGGCUGAAUGAGAAUGACGUUUAUUUCCCAGAAUGUCUGCAGUCUGUUUGGGGUCUUUGCUGACCUUCCUACGUGGUUUCCAGGGCCUCCUUUCGAUGCAUUCCUUUCACUGGCCCCUGGAAACACGGCUGCCCGUGGGUAGCUUCCCUGCCUCUCAUCCGACAGAAGGCCGGAACAAUUGGGUAGAUGUUCUCCUCUAGGGCUGCAACUAUAGCUUUAAGUUUGUGGAGUGAAAUUGUUUAAAAAUGAGUAACCUCAAUACUGAACUCGCCCCCCAGGUGGCACGCAGUGUCUAGCAUGUGCCCGGGGCUGCGCUCACCCAGCCAUUCCCUGGGGGGCAGGGGUGGGGGGAGAGUGGGCAAAGCAGGUUGGGAGCUCAGGGCAGGCAAAGCCAAGAGGAGGAAGCUUUUGUUGGGGAGUAAACAGUUCCUUUUCUUACCUUUUUACCAAAACCACGUUUCAGGAAAAUAACUCUUUGCUGUUUGUUUUUAGUGAUACUUGCUUCUCUAAGGUCCUGUGAGUUGUAUCAAGCCUCUAUGGCACGGCUAAGCUUUCCAGGGUAUCCUCCCAGACCUGCUGGCAUUAUGCAGCCUGUGGUCGCAGGGCGGGGACACCGCGGGGACGGCCUCCGGCACAGCCCUCCGUAGCUGGUCAGUGCCGACACGACACCGUGCUUCUUCCGGAAGGACGCCCGCACAGCACCUUCACUGCAGUCAGCCUCCUUGUACAGCUGUUCACUCGCAAACAUCUCGGUCUGUGUGCCGAGGCACCGGCCAGUCCCCGGGGGAAGGCUGGGGUGAGCUGGGCGCGAGGGCGGCUCCGAGGAAGUGUCCGUGGGUGGGGGGAGGGGAGGACGGAACAGCAUGGCAGCGUUUCUUUGGCUCAGGCUCCCAGAAUGCUUGACCAGACGGAGAUUUUUGGAAGAACCUCAUCUCACCAUAGUUACUUUUACUUUUUCCACUUUUGUUAUAUAUGUAUUUAUUAGAUCAUUUGAGUAUUGGUACCUUUUGUUAAAAGGGUCAACAUGGUGUUUUGCUGUCGAGCUGGUUUUUGGUUUCCUACAAAUACUAUGAGUCGUACACCUUUCUCUGGGAAGUCCGUUGACUUCCACACACUAUGAUAUACUGUGAACACAUUAUUUUGUUACCUAAUAAAUCAGUGAACGAACAUG